AUUCGAAUUUCUAUUGCCGGUGGUAAAGGCAGCUGCCGCUGCCGAGAAGUGACAACACAUACUUACCGCCACCACACUUCUGACAAAUCGUAGAGUGUCUUUCUUAGCGAAAAAUAAUCCGUGCAGAAGUAUGGCUUCGGCAACCCCCUACCUGGUCUUGGAAUCCUUGGCGAAGUAUUCAUCACCAAUCUCGCCGGUGAUCUAUCCUCAUCUUUCCCUUGUGCUCCUCAUGGUGGGACUCAUAUUCACAGGAUGGUUUUUCGUCUAUGAAGUCGCUGCCACCAAGUACACGAGGCAACUUUACAAAGAACUAGGUAUCGCUAUUCUCGCGUCACUUUUCCUUGGCUUCGGAUUCUUGUUCCUGUUAUUACUGGUGGGAAUUUGGGUUUGAUGACGACGACGACCCUCGACGCAUUCGACCGGAUGCUCUGAUGAUGUAUCAAAUGGAAAAGCUGCAUUGACGGGCCCAUCGAUGUCUUCAGGGAGGAGGAUCGAUGACGCCGACCAUCUCAUCUUCAGUUUUAAGUUAUAUAAAGAGAAAUCUAUUCCGUA